CUAUAUGUUUUUGGCUUGCUUUUGUUCACUUUUGUCCUGUCCAAAGUGGAAUAAGAAAAUAAAGUCAAAACAGGCUCAACCAUGACUACUUUGCUCUUGUGAUCACCAAUUUCUGCUCCAUUGCGCACAAGAAAGUAGUGACUAUUUAUUUGCUUAAACAAUAUGUCCAGCGCUGCCUGUCCUGCUAAUAUUCCUUUAUGGAUGUAUCGCACAAAUUUCAGUUAUUGGAUAUGAAAUGUAGGUUCUCUACUCAGAGCUUGGUCCAAUGGUCAAUGCAGCUCUAUGUUGUGCUAUCUUGCUAUUGGGCUCUUUUUUCGUUACUUAAAAUGGUCAGAUAUCUCUGAUGUUAAAUUCGUGGUUGAUUGCUUAUAUCCAAAAUAACUAUGUUAGUACACUGAAGCCAAUUUCUACAUUGUUAGUGAAGUUGGCUAAAUUUAGUCCAACAUUUCCAGUAUGUAUCUUCUUCUGCUAUCAGUGUUAAUUCUGCCAUAAGCAUAUUACUCUCCUAGCAUUUUUUUUCUUUCGAUGAAAAACACAGACACCUGUUCAGUUUUUUACUACAUAGAAAAAGAUAAGUUCAAUUUGGUUUCUAAUGUUCAUGUCGGCCUUUGCCUAAGCAAAAAAAGGUAACCAGUCUAUAUUGCAAUAUGGUUUUUAGUUUCUCUUUGAUUCAACCUUUUUUUGUGUGCUGUCUAACUGUUAGAUUGUCUGGAACAUCUUGGAACAACCUUCCGUGUCCCCGAUAUUAUCUCGUUUCCUGAACAAUAUUAUUUUAUUUGCUUUAUCUGCCACCAUGAAUUCCUAGAGUUCCUUUCUCUCCUUCCAAUUGACUUUCUUAGAUGUGAUUCUAUUAGAAAUUUUGUGCCAUGACAGAAGUAAUGGUUGAUUGCUCUGGUUUAGCCUUUAUGUCAGUUGUUGCUGAGGGUCCAGUUUCUCAUUUUUCAGAAUUUGUAGUAGCAGGGAUGUGUAUAAUAUGGAUAACUGAACUGGUGUUUAGGGGUUUCAGUGCAGGACUGCUACUUGCUCGAUUAGUUAGAUCAACUGGUGUUUGGAGAUUUCAGUGCGAGUGAUGUUCCAGUUUCGAUUGCAGGGCUUCGAGAUGCACCAUGAGGAUCUGACUGUUAGACUUGCGAAGCUAGCAACCUAUGAUCAGAUUAAGGCUGCCAUCAAGGAAGAGUCUGAGGGAAACGUCAAGGGCAUUUUGGGUUACGUUGAUGAGGACCUUGUUUCCACUGACUUCCAGGGUGACAACAGGUCCAGCAUCUUUGAUGCCAAGGCCGGGAUUGCCCUGAACGACAACUUUGUCAAGCUUGUCUCCUGGUACGACAAUGAGUGGGGAUACAGCACCCGCAUUGUCGACCUCAUCCGUCACAUGCACAGCACCAAGUAAAUGAGAGGCAUGAAGAUAUAGGGGAGAGUGGUUUGCCCCAGAGGAGUGUUCAAAGCCUCUUCUUCUGAGAAUCAAUUUUUGUAUGGAAUUAUGUCAGCUAAAAACCUUUUAUUGGAUGUAUCCUGAUGGUUGAAACAAGUCUUAUAUAGGGCUGCUAAAUUAUUAUGCUUUUGGUCUUUUCUGAAUUUAGUUAGCAUAAAUACUUCCAGAAUACCUCUUAUAAUAUGGAAGUCUGUUGGUAACAACACUGAUUUUGCCAGUUUGUGGAACAUGCUUCAUUUUUGCAGGUAAAAAGAAGAGAACAUUGGAGAAAAAGGCAGCAGGACGGAUUCUCUAAGCUUUCUCAAAUGUUUGAACAAUUAGAAGAUAGUUACAAUCAUUUUUCUCUUGCCUUAUUACAUCUUGAUGUUAAUAGGCUUUGGAAGGUACUAUGCGCCCCGUUCAAGGUUUACGGAAUUUGCACCAUCCUAUUACAGUUUGUUUUGAUGACAUAAUUGACCAGUUCUUCCUUGAGUAAAUUAAUAUUGUGGCUGCUA